AUGGAGGGUUCGAAAGUUCCCAGGAAGACCUGUGACUUCUGUUAUCAGCGCAAGAUGAAGUGUGAUAGAAAGAAACCUCGUUGCUCGCAUUGUAUUACAUAUAUGAAGGACUGUACCUAUACGGCACCAUGUCGCAAGUCCACACCAAGGAAACGACGGAGCUCCACAAAGAGUGACGAUGAUACUAGCAAUACACAAAGUCGGUUGCAGCACCUAGAAACUCUGGUUGAGGAACUAACCGAGCAUGUGAAAGUUGCUGAAGAGCACAACGAGGUUCUGGAUCAAACCCAGAUUCAAGGAAGGAGGCCUAUCAAUACGACAUCGACGUCAACGAUAACGACAGUUGGUGUUGAACAUGCAGACCAGGGCAAGAUUCCUGGAUCGAUGUAUCUUCCUCCUUUACACCACGUCCUGCCCAUUGUUCAAAGAUUCCUCGAAAGUUUCAACGCAACGCUGCCGCUAUUCCAUGCACAAACUCUUCUGCGCCUAGUCCACGGCUUUUACAGCCAUGAACCUCAACAGAGAGAUCCAGUAGCAUGGGCCGCUAUCAACGUAGUGCUGGCUCUUGCAUACCGUCAGCGCCUGGCCGGUAGCAACAACACCAAUUGCUCAGUCGAUUAUCUCAACAAAGCGGAGUCGGUCCUCUCAACUAUCAUUCUAGGCAAUAUACAUCUGCUCAACAUCCAGGUUUUGGUGGGCAUUGUUAUGCUUGAGCAGGAAUCGCAAGAUCUUCAACAUGCACUGAUCCUGAUUGCUACAACGAUGCGUCUUGCCCAUAAGAUUGGCCUACAUAACCGUGCCUCCUCGGAGAACCUAGACCCCGCCGAUGCGAGACAAAGAGCUUGCGUGUUCUGGAUGGCGUACAUCCUCGACAAGGAUCUUAGCAUGCGGUCGAAAAUGCCAUCAAUACAGCUUGAUGACGAUAUUGACCUCGACCUGCCGUCGCAUGAAGGCGCCGAGUAUCAGAUUAAUGAUGAAUCCGAGCUGAAUGAAACCGGCAUUUGUAGAGGGGUAGUCACCACCAUGGACGGAACUGUGAAGAUGAAUUACUUUGUAACUCGCAUCCAGCUUGCUGUUAUCGAAGGAGGUGUAUAUGACUAUCUGUACUCAACGCGUUCGCAAAAACGCAGCGCAGAGGAGCGGUCCCAUGCGCUGGAAAGUGUAGCCUGCGCUCUUACUACGUGGAAAACUUCUAUACCCGCCGAAUUCAGUGCCUCCAUGGCCCUGGACAGAGUAACUCCUGGUAUUCUCCGUUUCCUUGGAGUCUUGCACUCGACCAGUAUGUUGUGCACAACUCUCCUUAAUCAGGCGAAUGCUUGGAACGACCAGUGGAUGGGAAGUAUACGGAAAUACGCAAGGGAUAGCACUAUUCCACGUCUUCCGGCUCAAUGGGAGGCAUUGGUGGAUGAGGCGCGCGAUCUGGCUGUCUUGCUUAGGGCUUUGCCGGCACCAGAUCGAUGGAACUUCUGGAUAACGGGCUGCUCUGAUAUGGCAUCGAUGAUGUUGUUGACGGUUAAUGGCAUGCAAAGAACCCAACACGAUACACCGUCCUUGGAUGACCAACUAGUUGAAGCCGGCUUGGGAACACUUGACAAGAUAAUCGAAGAGACACAAAGUGAGGUGGUGCGAUCUUUUCGAGACAUGUGCAAAGAGUUAGUCCAGGAUUCUCAACGGAGACGCGUUGAAGGAUGCUUGACAGCACCCGGAUCAGCGUGUAUUUCGUAG